AUGGAGUCUGCUGAUGAGCUCAAGAAACUUGAAGAAGAACUCAAGAACCGUGAGUCCCUCCUUCAGACUUUCGUCCCCAUCACCCUCGACCUCCAGGACUCCAACUAUGCCAAGUGGCGCGAGCUCUUCCUCGUUGCUCUCGGCCGCUACGACCUCUCGGCCCACGUUCUCUCCAAGAGCACCCCGUCGGACACCUCCUCAAAUUCUGAUUGGGGCUGCGACGACUUCACUGUCCUCUCUUGGAUAUAUGGCUCGAUCUCUCUCGAGCUCUUCGGCAUCAUCAUGAAGCUCGGCUCCAUGGCGAAGCAGAUUUGGGAUGCAAUCGCUAACCUCUUCCGCGACAACAAGAAGAGCCGUGCCCUAGCUCUCGACGUUGAAUUCUUCAAUACUGCUCAAGGGGACAUGACGAUCUCCGUCUAUUGUGCAAAGCUCAAGUCUCUCUCCGAUGCUCUCGAUGAUGUUGGUCAGCCGGUCACCGACGAAACUCUCGUGCUCACCUUGCUUCGUGGACUCAACGAGCAGUAUUCCCAUCUACGCUCGUUCCUGCCGUUCCAAGUGCCAUUCCCGUCCUUCCUUCAGACUCGCUCCACCGUCGUUCUUGAAGAAGCCCAGAAGAAAACCGACGCCAAGAAUUCUGCCACUACCGCCUUGUGGGCCAGUGGCAAGGGCGUCCUUCCCAACGCCGGUGGCGAAUGCGCUCCACCUCCCAAUGAUGUACGCAACUUCUACAAUGAUCGCCGCGGCUCACCAUCCUUCUCUAUUGGAUGCGGGGGAAGCAACACCAGCCGUGGCAGCGGCCGGGGCGGCCGAGGCCGCUGUGACACCCCUGAAGGUACAACCCUUGGACCGGCCAGCCUACUCGCCUUCAUCUUCAACAUCAGCCGUCAUCAUCGCCUCAACACCUCCAAGCAUCUCCUCCAGCCUGGUCGCCUCGCCCCUGGCUCCCCUCAGCUCCGGGGCUCCUCGGUCCUCGACCCACCAUGCCCUCACCCUAGCCUAUGCGGCCUACGGUCACAGCCACGCGGCAGAACCUUCCGGCUACAGCAUGAGCAACCAUGCAACACCCUACAACAACUUUAA